UGCGGAGCUCCCGCGGCGCGCUGGGCCGCUCCCCUCCCGCCGCUUUCCCCCGGUGCGCGGCCGGCAUGGCGUCCAGCGAGGAGGACGGGGCCCAGGGCGGCGCCCCGGAGGCCGGCGAGGAGAGGGAAGCCGCGGGCAAGAGGCGGCGCCGGGGCUGGGCGGCCAGCGUCUGGCUCACCUUCUACAACAUCGCCAUGACCGCGGGGUGGUUGGUUCUAGCUAUUGCCAUGGUACGUUUUUAUAUGGAAAAAAGAACACACAGAGGUUUAUAUAAAAGUAUUCAGAAGACACUUAAAUUUUUCCAAACAUUUGCCUUGCUUGAGAUAGUCCACUGCUUACUUGGAAUUGUGCCGACAUCUGUGCUCGUGACUGGGGUCCAGGUGAGCUCCAGGAUCUUCAUGGUGUGGCUUGUCACCCACAGCGUGAAACCCAUUCAGAACGAGGAGAGCGUGGGGCUCUUCCUGGCCGCGUGGACGGUGACGGAGAUUACCCGCUAUUCCUUCUACACAUUCAGACUUCUCGACCACCUGCCGUACUUCAUUAAAUGGGCCAGAUAUAAUUUUUUUAUCAUCUUAUACCCUGUCGGAGUUGCUGGUGAACUUCUUACAAUAUAUGCUGCCUUGCCAUAUGUGAAGAAAACGGGAAUGUUUUCAGUAAGACUUCCCAACAAAUACAAUGUCUCUUUUGACUACUAUUAUUUCCUUCUAAUAACCAUGGCAUCAUACAUACCACUGUUUCCACAACUCUAUUUUCAUAUGUUGCGUCAAAGAAGAAAGGUGCUGCAUGGAGAGGUGAUUGUCGAAAAGGAUGAUUAAACGAUCCGUGCAAACAAGGUGCUUUUCCACGAUAUCCAGGACCCUAUGAGUCCAAUUUUAAUAACAAGAAAAAACAGCUCCAUGACGUGUCGUGGAUUGUACUGUUUCUUAAAGUAUACUAUGAGAUGCGUGGUAGUUGCCAGAAUUUGUCUUCACAUGUGCCAGAUCCGUUUUCCACAAGAGCCGUGCAGAUAUUAUAAUUCCUUGAUAUAUGUUGAUCGUUAAGACAAAAUUUGGUUGUAUAACGUGGGAAAAAAUUUCGCUAACUUUGUUGAAGUUUUUGCAGCCUUUGUGCAAAGCUUUUUAAAUCGAUAUUUAGAAAUUAGUUUAAUGAUUUAACACUAUGAAACCUUCCAGUGAUACUUAGGUGAUCUUUAUAAAUGAGAGUAAAUACAAAAUUGUAAUUACCCGUGAAAAAUGUAUUGGUAUUUCUUGAACCCGGGGUCUAUUCUUUCAGCUUCUAAGACUGCACUGAUAAUUAGGAUGAAUUUUUGGAAGCAUGGACAUCUUUUGCUAUGGCAAACUUUGGACAUUGAUUAAGGAGCAGCAUAAGACAAACAAAAACAUCCAAAUAGAUGUCACAAUUGGGAAGCCUUUUUGGGAAAUAAGCCUAGGCUGUUGACAUUACUCACGCCACUAAGAAAAUGUAUUUUUAUUUAGAUUAACCACUCAAGGACAGUGUUUUCGAAGUUAACUUAAGGGGUCAGAAAGAAUAUAGGCAUAUACUUUCCCCCACUUGUAACAAUGUAACAACCUGGGGUCUGCACAUCCCGCUGUCCCCAGACCCUUGGCUGAGAAAGGCUGACAACACCAUGGGGUCCUCUCAGGAAAGUCAGGUCACAAGCGUCCCUUGUGGCACUUAGGAGACUAAAAGUUUUGGGGUGUGAUCUAGAACAGUCUCAUUUCCUUCGGAAUUCCAUGUGUAGCAAAAAGUCCCUUGAUAAAGCCCCUCUCCACAUGUUCAGUAGAAAGAUACACGGGGGUUCUUUACCGCCACUUUCUUUCGUAAGGAUGUCCUUCAAAAAUGUUCCGCCUGCAAGAAGGGGUGCUCGUUCACUGGUGAGUUUUGAGAGAAUAUUAAACAUGUGACUUCAAAGGAAAAUAAACUUAUUUACUAUAG